CGCUGGCCCAGGGGGGUCUCCCAUUCGGGGCCCGCCUCGGGGCGCGCAAUGCCGUCGCGGUCGGCUGUCUCUGCGCCUGGAGCGCCAGGAGCGGAGCCGACGCGGCGAAGGCCGUGCGCCCUGGUGGUGGUGCUGCUGCUCGCGCGCUGCGCCGGCGGGGCGCAGCAGGUCGCCUCGGAGGCGCCGCAGGCGUGCCCGCUGGAAGUUCCGCGAGGCAUCCUCCCGCCCGGCGCCGCCUGGGCCGCGGUCGCCAGCGCGCGGCCGGGCCACAUCACCGCCCCGCUGCCCGGCGAGGUCAGCCCGCCCAUCACUGUGGAGGGCCUGUGCGACAGCUCCCGGCUCAGCUCCUCCGGCUUCGCCCAUGCGGGGAUUCAUGGCGGCGCGUGGACGGCCGUGCUGGAGCCGCCCGCCGGGAGCGACGGCGGCGUCGUCCUGGGCAGCGGGGGCGGGGCCUGCUUGCGGCCCCUGAGCGGGCUCUCCGUCGCCGCCGCGGGGGAGCAGGUCGCACCGUCCCUGCGCCUGCACUUCGCCGGGGCCUGCGAUCCGCCGGCCGCCGUGCUGGAGCUGCGGCUGGCCAACGGGACGCAGCGUGGAGGCGGGCUGCCCCUCGUCUCCGACGUCCCGCUUGCCGACUUCGUGUGCCAGGUUGCCGCCGAGCAGUGCGCGCUCGCCAGAGGACGCCUCACGGCCUCAGCGAGCAGUGGUGCAGGAAGCGCGCCCAGCAGCAAUGGUUCGUCGCAGGCCACGGGCGAGGUGGGCAUUGGCCGCUGCAGUGGUGCCGGCGUGCGAUCCGCAGACGCCCCGAACCUUCAGAGCAGCGACGCCUGCGCGCAGGCGUGACACGGCUGGAGCAGAAUUUGGAGGACAACACUCAGAUGUCUUGCAAGGGCUUCGCUUGGAGUGACAAGCUGCGCUCCUGCCUGCUGUACGACCAGUGGCCAGUCACGGAGUCGGACGGCUCCACCGAGGAUGGCUACCACUGCUGGGAGCCAACAGCCUCGCCAGCACAGUCCGCAUCGUCCACGACAACGGCACCCGAGAUCCCAGCAACCCGCGAGGUGCAGCUGGAUCUCGCCGGCCUCCUCGACGGCGCCGCGGGCGGCGGCCCUGGCCAGGGGGCUACGGCCAGGCUGCUGCAGGUCGCGCCAGACGCUGCUGGCUGCUUCGAGGCCUUCGAGUGGUACACCCUUGACAGGCUCCUUCACGUCCCCCCGGGAGACAUGGAUGUGCUGCGCGAAAUGACGAAGGCUGGCUCCGCUGAGUUCACCUUCCCCAGCCCGCCCCACGCCGACGUGACCGUGGAGGACCGGGUCUGCGUGCGGGACUGCUCGGGCGCCUUGCACGGCGACUGUGAGCUGGAGGAGGCCGUGACUGUAACGAAGGACCUUGUGCUCACCACCACGUCCGAGGGGCCCGACCCCACCGAGAAUCACACCAUCAGCUCAGAUAGCCUGCUGUUCGGGCGAUUCGAGCUGGCCCUGCAUGAUGCCAUGGGCCACGACGCCUUCGAAGCAGUGGUGGCGCCGGAGACACCGUGCCCUGGACCCUGGCGCUCUCGUGCCUCUCCGCCAUCCUGGGCUUCGUGCUGGCGAGGUGUCUCGCCGCCGCGGCCUGUGCGGAGAAGGACCGGACGAGCCCAGCUACCAGACAGUGCAGAGCAUCAGGCUGGUGUACGACGGCGAGGACGGUCCAGACGAGGAGAUGGUGAUGCAGACGGUGCCCGGCAGCCGCGGCACCGUGAUGCAGAGUGUCAGCGCGCCGCUCGGGACCGGUGCCUGGAGGCCGAGCAAGGCCUCUGCGGGCGCCUCGGCCGCCAGCGGCUUCUUCAGCUCCCCUCCCCGUGCCCGCACGGGCGCCACAGGCCUCCUCCAGACGGCGCGCUGAGCGGCCUGGGGCAGAGGCGCGCCCGCGGGGAGGGCCCGCGAGGCCGCUCGCCGACGCACCCGCCGCGCGGACGGCUGGGCACCUGA